CCUCCUCUUCUCUCCCUCUUAAAUGGCUCUUCCCCCAAAUUACCAUUUCAGUCCCUCCAAAAAAAAAAAAAAACCAGAGGGUGGGACUGAGGAGAGAGAAAGUAGAGGGAGGGAGAAUGGGGCUCGUGUGUGUUCUUCUUCAGAGAUAACACCAAGAAAGCAGAAUCAUCACACCACCUUGAAUUCUCUCCUGCUUUGCUCUCUGCUUGCAUAAAUUAAGUUCUUUUUCGAGAAAACAGAGGAGGUUGGCACAGAAGAUUUAUGUCGUCUAGAUUUUAUCUAUCGACUGGAGCUCCGAAGAAGCUCUGGAAAUAUUUUCAGUCUCUCUUUUGCAUGCACGAACAGAUUUCAUCUGUUUUUGGUAUGCCAUUAAGAUCACAAAGGAGUUGUUCUGGAGUGAAGUGCUUUGAGGCUUUCAGAAUACAAUUUUCGAUUUCAGUUUCGAUUUCUGGACUCGGGUUUUUGAGGGUUUUGGGUUUUUCUUGAUAUUUUGAGAGAAUUUUUGUUUUCUUUUUCUUGUUUUUGGGUAUAGGGGGGGUUUAGGGGUUUGAGUUCAAAAUGCCGGGGAUGAAAACCGUAGUCUUGAAUCAACAUGUGAGCUGGAACAAAUUGAAGAAAAAGCAACCUACCAUGGAAGAGAAUGCAGGUUACAUGAAGAGAAUUCGGAUUAUAUACAAUGAUCCUGAUGCCACCGACUAUUCGAGUGAAGAUGGUGAGGAGUAUGAUAUUGAGGGAAAUCUAUUUCAGCAUUGUAAGCGCUUUGUCUCGGAGAUUUUGGUUGUGGAAACGGAAUGUGAAUCAUCUGCAGGGACCAAUGGAGGCAAAAUUGGUCAUAGGAUGGGCUUUGAUGACUCUAAGAAAAGUAAUAGAGUGCUCCCUAAGGGAGUUCGACGUAGAAAAUGGGGAAAAUAUGCAGCGGAGAUUCAAGAUCCUUUCCAAGGGAUUCGAAAAUGGCUUGGCACUUUUAAUACAGCAGAGGAGGCUGCCGCUGCUUAUCAGCAAAAGAAGCGUGAGUUUGAAACAAUACAGUCACAGCAAAAGAUUAAGAGCCGCUGCAGAAACAUUCAAUUAUCAGAUAAGCAUGAGUUUGAGAGUUCGAAAUUAAUGGAGGGAGCCAAGCAUGAGCUUCAGGGCGUUCCUUCAUCAGAGGAGAGUCAGGAUUCAUCGUUUUGCCAUCCGUCACCAUCAUCUGUGCUUGAAAUAUCUGGUUCAGCUUCGCUUAGUUUUGAACUCGAAAAGUUGAAAGAAGAAUCUUGUGUGGAAGUUUCUGGGGGAGAAGGCGCUGUGCAGCAACCAGUUUUUGAAGAAGAGGAAUCCAUUCCAAUGUUACCACCAUUAGAUGUCGAACAGUUGAAUUUGGGAUGCAAGGACAAUUACGUGUUUUCUAGCUUGGACCAGUUCUGUGAUGGCAUGUGUGGUAUUGUUGAUGAUGGUACGACAGACAUAGUUGAUUAUCCCGUUUGCAACGAUAAAAAAGGCGAGGUUAUAUGUCUUCCCCCACUCGACUCAGAUUUUGGUCAGCAGGAUUUCUCUUGGAUUGAUCAGAAACCAGAACAGGUUAUGUCCAUGAAGUUUUGUAGUUAGGAAUUACCAGUAGUUUAUCUAGUACAUGUUGCACAAUAAAAAGCUCAAGAAAUGUUUGAGCAGCAGGUGUUUGAGGUAAUAUGUGUGAGUAAGCUAUUAUAUAUUGAACCUUUGUUUCCUCC